GCCGUUUGCCCCAGACCCAUCCAAACCUAAUCACAUAUCGAGGAAAAGCGAGGAGGCGUAGGAGCCGCAGCCAAGACCCCGUCCCCAAGGCCGAAGAAGCCCUCGCCAUGUCCUGCUCCGUCGCCAUCCCCAGCUCGCCGGUCUUCUCCCCGUCGCGCCGCCCGCUCUCCUGCAAGGCCGCCUCCGCCUCCGCCUCGCCCGAGUCCGUCUCCGUGUCCGUCUCGUCCCCGGCGCCCUCCACCGCCGGCUCGCCGCUCCGGCCCUUCGGGCUGCUGCGCGCCCAGAUCCGCGAGGAGGCCUCCCCGUCGCCUAAGACGUCCUCUGCGGCCCCCUCCGCCGCCGCCGGGUCGAUGCUCAAGAGGCGAAGGCCGGCGCCGCUCAUGGUGCCGGUCGACGGCGCCGCGGCCGCUGCUGCCGCGGCGGCGGCCGUCGCCGCCGUGGAGUCGGAUCCGAGCAACGAGGUGGAGGAGGAGGGCGACGAGUUCGCGGCCUACUGCCGGAGAGGGAGGGGGAGGCGAAGGGUGGAGAUGGAGGACCGGCAUGUGGCCCAGGUCGCGCUCGGUGGAGACCCCCAAGUGGCGUUGUUUGCUGUAUUCGAUGGCCACGGCGGAAAGAACGCGGCAGAGUUCGCUGCCCAAAAUAUGCCCAAGUUCAUGGCAGAGGAGGUGAGGAAGGUGGACGGUGGUGACAGUGAUAAGAUUGAGGGGGCUGUGAAGAAAUGUUACCUGAAGACGGACGAAGAGUUCCUCAAGAGGGAGGAGAGCGGGGGAGCAUGCUGUGUCACUGCAUUGCUCCAGAAGGGCGGCCUCACCGUGUCCAACACUGGAGAUUGCCGUGCUGUCCUCAGCCGGGCAGGAACGGCCGAGGCACUCACCUCUGACCACCGGGCCUCCCGUGAGGAUGAGAGGGAAAGAAUUGAGAAUCUGGGCGGGUUUGUUGUGAACAACCGAGGGACAUGGCGAGUGCAGGGCUCCUUGGCAGUGUCAAGAGGCAUCGGCGAUGCACACCUCAAGCAAUGGGUGGUGGCUGAUCCAGAUACCAGGACACUCCUUGUUGACCCACAGUGCGAAUUCUUAGUACUUGCCUCUGAUGGCUUGUGGGAUAAGGUGGAUAACCAGGAAGCCAUAGACAUCGCCAGGCCUCUCUGCAUCGGCAAUGAUAAGGCUUCUCGCAUGGCCGCCUGCAGAAGGCUUGUUGAAACCGCGGGUUCCAGGGGGUCUACCGAUGACAUCAGUGUUUUGAUCAUACAAUUGCAGAAGUUCUCAGGUUCUUCUUAACUUGCCAUUGCUGGAGGAACUGGACUCAAACUGUAGGAAGUAGCGCUAACAGAGUGGUGUAUCGGGGUGGGCAGGAUAGACUGAUACCCAUAUGUUAAUUUGCAAGCAAAAUAUUAGGUGUGGUUGCACCAUUUUGCAGGCAUUCAACUCUUUUCGUAGUACCAUUCUUUAUGUACUUAAUUUAAUUCCAUUCAUUCAUUCUUUGGUUCUAAUGUAAUAAGGCGGGGGUUAGUACUCACUUCAUACUAGAAGAGACUAUUGUUGUAUGUACAUGGUUGACUGGGUACAUGGAUUCAGCAUAAUUGCCUCUUUGCUUA